CGGCGCCGGUGUGACGUCACGGGAAGCAUGGCGGCUCUGGCGCUGUGGCUGUGGCUGCUGCGGGCGCCGGGCGCGCUGGGGGCCGAGCCGCGGUAUCGGCCGGACUGGGCCAGCCUGGACGCGCGGCCACUGCCCGCCUGGUUCGACCGCGCCAAGGUGGGGGUGUUCGUGCACUGGGGGGUGUUCGCCGUGCCUGCCUGGGGCUCCGAGUGGUUCUGGUGGCACUGGCGGGGCGAGCGCCGCCCCGACUACGAGCGCUUCGUGCGGAGCCGCUUCCCGCCCGGCACUGCCUACGCCGACUUCGCCCCACGCUUCACCGGCCGCGACUUCGAGCCCCGGCAGUGGGCGCGGCUCUUCCAGCGCGCGGGGGCCAGGUAUGUGGUACUGACCACGAAGCAUCAUGAAGGCUUUGCCAACUGGGGGUCUCCUGUGUCCUGGAACUGGAAUUCGCUGGAUACCGGACCCCACCGAGAUGUUGUAGGAGAGCUGGGAGAAGCCCUUAGGGAGAGCAACAUACGCUAUGGCCUGUACCACUCCCUGCUAGAGUGGUUUAAUCCACUCUAUCUAGCUGACAAAGAAAGUGGCUUCAAGACCCAGAACUUCGUUUUAAAGAAGACAAUGCCAGAACUUUAUGAUCUUGUCUUAAAAUAUAAACCAGAUUUGAUUUGGUCGGAUGGAGACUGGGAAGCUCCGGAGUCGUACUGGAAUUCUACCUCUUUCCUUGCCUGGCUUUAUAACGAUAGUCCCGUCAAGGACACUGUUGUUGUUAAUGAUCGCUGGUGUAACAACUGCUCUUGCCAUCAUGGAGGCUACUACAAUUGUGCUGACAAGUACAAGCCAGGGACCCUGCCAACUCACAAGUGGGAAAUGUGCUCCUCCAUUGAUAAGCUUUCCUGGGGCUAUCGAAGCAACAUGAACAUUGCUGAGUUAAUGGAUGAAGCACAUAUCAUCGAGGAACUAGUGCAGACUGUGAGUUUUGGAGGCAACUACCUUCUCAAUGUGGGGCCUACAAAAGAAGGGGUGAUUGUUCCCAUAUUCCAAGAAAGACUUCUGGCGCUUGGGAGGUGGCUGGAGACUAAUGGGGAGGCAAUUUAUGAAUCAAAGCCGUGGAGAGUACAGAUGGAGAACAGUACAGUCACGGUCUGGUACACUUCUAAAGUACCAGUGGUCUAUGCCAUCUUUCUGAUCUGGCCUCAAGACAGUGUUUUGGAGCUCACCUCGCCCACUCCAUCUCCAGCUACACAAGUGACAAUGCUGGGUUUUACAGGGCCUCUGGAGUGGGAGCAUUCCCGGGGUAAAGGACUGCUUAUAAACCUGCCCUACAUGCUUCCCUCUCUGCCUCCCCAGUCUGGCUGGACUAUCAAGCUGGAGGGUGUGAAGUGACGGCUGCAGGUUGAAAGCAACUGUCUCCCCUGCGUCUGUUUUAAAUUGAGCCUAAGAGAGUUCUUCAUUUGUUGUUGAAUAAACUGUUUUUCUCUAAGACCAAUUAUGUUC